AGUAAAACAUGUACUUGAGCUUCUGUGAUACUGUAGUUUUCUGCGCGAGACUCCUGAAUAAUUCAACGAACUUUAAUAGCACCCGCGGAGUGUGUGCAAGUAUCAUAUCUUGAGAUUGUACAGCAAUUGAGUGAAGAUUACCAAUUCAUAUGGGCAAAGAAGUUACGCCGGUCAGUUUUGAAGAUUUAUCUUGCAUGCAGUACAUGCAGACUGUUACUAUCCAACAGCAGGAUCACAGAAUAAUUUACCAUCAUUGAUAAAGGUACAGCAAACAUAGCCUACUGUUUUCUCUACGACCAAGGUGAAAGACUAAAAAAAAGACAAAACUUUUGUCUGGAAGUUGAUACCAGGGACUUCCACAGUCAUUCAUCAUGAAGUGUGCUUCUCAGGAAUGGCUGAGAGGGAUGGCGCUGCUAUUUUUAUCCCGCACAGUUGUCUCAAUGGCUAUCCCAAAUUCUACAUAUUUGGGGUCGAUGCUAGAGAAGUACUUGGAUGAAGAUGGAGAAUGGUGGGUUUCCAAGCAGAGGGGGAAAAGGGCUAUCGCUGAAAGUGACGUGCAGGCCAUUCUCCAUUUGCAUAAUAAGCUUAGGGGCCAAGUCUAUCCACAGGCUUCAAAUAUGGAGUACAUGGUUUGGGAUACUGAGCUGGAGCACAGUGCUGAGGCCUGGGCAGAGACAUGCUUGUGGGAACAUGGGCCUGGAGGUCUUCUGCCUCAGAUUGGACAGAAUCUCGGGGUGCACUAUGGAAGAUACCGGCCCCCUACAUCUCAUGUUCAAUCUUGGUAUGAUGAAGUUAAAUACUAUAGUUAUCCAUACCCACAAGAGUGCAAUCCACACUGCCCCUUCCGCUGUUCUGGACCAAUCUGCACUCAUUACACACAGCUUGUUUGGGCAACCACCAGUCGGAUUGGAUGUGCUGUCAAUUUGUGUUACAACAUGGACGUGUGGGGUCACCACUUGGCUAAAGCCAUUUACCUGGUUUGCAAUUACUCUCCAAAGGGUAAUUGGUGGGGACAUUCCCCUUACAAACAUGGCUCCCCCUGCUCCGCAUGCCCUCCCAGCUAUGGCGGGGGCUGUAGGGAGAACCUCUGCUACAAAGACGAUGGUGUGGAUAGAACCUACUACCCAACAAAGGAAACAGAAGAGAACAACUACAUUGAACCUGAGCCGCCAAGAACUGAAGAACCUCCACCAAGGGUUCAGCCUCCAACCGCAGCUCCUAAUGUGGACCUGGAGAACACUGAGGCAGGGGCCAAGCCGGAGAUGUCUCAGCUUGUAACAUGUGAGACAAAGCUACGUGAUAAAUGUAAAGGGACCACUUGUAAUAGGUAUGAAUGUCCAGCAGGAUGCUUAGACAGAGUUGGAGGAAAGGUCAUUGGAACUGUAUAUUAUGAAAUGCAAUCCAGCAUUUGCAGAGCCGGUUUGCAUUAUGGAGUAAUUGACAAUGAAGGAGGCUGGCUGGAUGUCACAAGACAAGGCCGAAAGGAGUACUUCAUCAAAUCCAACAAAAAUGGAGUUCAGUCUUUAGGAAAGUACCAGAGUGCAAAUUCAUUUACAGUAUCAAAAGUAACAGUAAAAGCUAUCACAUGCGAGACUACAGCUGCAGAACUGUGCCCAUUCCAGAGGCCUGCCAGCCACUGCCCAAGAUUAUACUGUCACAGCAACUGCAUGCAGGAGAACCCUGACAUUGCGAGGGUUGUCGGAACAUUAACAUAUUCAGAUAUAUCCAGUAUAUGUCGAGCUGCAGUCCAUGCUGGUGCCAUUGAGAACCAAUCAGGUGGCUUUGUGGAUGUGAUGCCUGUGGAGAACAAAAGGCAGUAUACGGGCUCUUAUCAGAAUGGGAUCUACUCAGAGAGCCUGCAGAAUCCUCCAGAAGCCAAGGCUUUCCGAGUUUUUGCGGUCAUUUGAGUACAUGCAGCGGACACUUAUUCUCAGUUUCCUUCCACCUGGGCUGCACUGAAAACAAGACCUGCCAUCAUUUCCAUAAUGUUAAUUGAACAUAGAAAAAUCGACAUACAUGGACAUUAUAUACAUUGCUGUCAUUGCCAACUGGCUUUGUCUUAUUUUUCAAAAGAAUCAUGAUGUCAAACUUUCAAAAAUAACAAAAUAAUUUCUUGUAAAUAGGUUGAAUGUCUUCCCUGUUGUAUUUAGUAUAUUUCUUGCUUACAAACUUCCUGCAUGCAGUAACGUACAAUAAAAGGGACAGUGCAUAAGUAAUAUUAUCAAUCUAAGCACUUAAAUAUAGGAAUGUGUUAUAUCAGUCUGUAAUUGAUGAAGCCUGUCACAGUGGCUACAUGUUCAGGUUAGACUCAUGCUGUAUUGCAGGUGCUCCUGAAUGGUGCUUAAAUGCGUAUAGUUUUAAUGAUGUGUGAUUCUAAGCAGCGGGAUGUUGUAUUAUGGAAUAUAUCAUCAUGUUUUUAUUUUUAUAUUUUUAUGAAUAAAGUUAAGUGAAAGGAUGCUGCUAAGUCUUAAGUUGUAUUUCAGAGCAGAUGACUGCUAUUGCAGUCUGAUUCAGCAGUAGCCUGGUUGGUAAUCCUGCAGGUCAGGAAGUAUAAUGCUAAAGAAGAGUCUUUCUAAAAAGUUACGUAUAUCCAGCAUGUGGUUUCGUCAUUGCAAACCUUCUGGACAGUUAUUUAUCAUAUAUAAUGCAUUCAAUUGUAAUAAUGUAUCCAUUGGAAAGGUGUUUUAAGAAUAAAUAUGUAUUUUGCUUGAAAUUGGAGGAAUGCUAUAGACUUAUAUUUGCCUAUUUAUAUGACAAUGUUCAGCUGAUGUUUCAUUUAAGCAUUUAAGAUAUGCAUUCUUCUGGUUGCCUGAAUUAGUGAUAUGUACUAUGUACUACCUCACAUGUUUAGAAUGACCUUGUUCUAUUUGCAAUAAAAUACUUUUAAAUAAUA